UUUUGGAGGAGGAAGUGAAAGGGGAACAGAGGUUGGGGGUUGCAGAUAUUUAGCUCGCUGGCAGACAACCCUUCAAGGAAAGUACCAAAUUAACAUCCCAAUUGGAAAGGACCUACUUUGUCAUUUCGUGACAUUUCUUUUUUUUAAUAAUUAUUCGCGUAACGACUCACGACACGCCUUUCUACGAAUUCAAAACGACAUUGUUAAAUUAACGGUGUCUUACUCUGUACUGGAGAGCUAGCUCGCUAGCUAGCUAACGCCUAGUCAGCCUCGUACGCUGACUGUCCUGAACAAUAACAGCUCUUUAAGAAGUCGGUGCCCCUGUGUGCUACACGUUCAAGCCGUGGAAAAAUGACAUCUCGGAAGAAAGUGCUCUUGAAAGUCAUCAUCCUGGGAGAUUCCGGUGUCGGGAAAACCUCCCUAAUGAACCAGUAUGUGAACAAGAAGUUUAGUAACCAGUACAAAGCUACAAUAGGAGCAGACUUCCUGACCAAGGAGGUGAUGGUGGAUGACCGGCUUGUUACCAUGCAGAUCUGGGACACCGCUGGCCAGGAGAGGUUCCAGUCUCUGGGUGUCGCGUUCUACCGUGGAGCCGACUGCUGUGUGCUGGUGUUUGAUGUGACUGCACCCAACACCUUCAAGACGCUCGACAGCUGGAGAGACGAGUUUCUGAUCCAGGCCAGCCCUCGUGAUCCUGAGAACUUCCCCUUCGUGGUGCUAGGCAACAAGAUUGACUUGGAGAACAGACAGGUAACCACUAAAAGGGCUCAGGCUUGGUGUCAGAGUAAGAACAACAUCCCUUACUUUGAGACCAGCGCUAAAGAAGCCAUCAAUGUAGAACAGGCAUUCCAGACAAUUGCACGUAACGCUCUCAAACAGGAGACAGAGGUGGAGCUGUAUAAUGAAUUUCCAGAGCCCAUAAAACUGGAUAGGAAUGACAGAGCUAAACCUUCAGCAGAAAGCUGCAGCUGUUGAGGGAAAACUUGGACCAUCUUCUCUCUUGGCUCUCUGAAACACCGGUUACAUCACCUGCACCUUGCUCCCUGGGAAAGUACUUCCCUUCUGGUCUUCCUCCUUCACCCCACUCUUCAUUCCAUCCACAACGCCCCUCACGCAGUAUGCUGCACAUGGAUGUACACGCCCCUCACACAAAAACACAAACUUAGCACACAAAUUAUUACACUAGUGUACUCUAAGAAAAUUCGCUGACAAAUCCCGUUCCCAAAGAUCGCUUGAGAGAAGAAUGACACCCCUUCUGGCCCGACAAUCCCAGACUUGAGAGGGAGUGAUCUUCUGGCCCCGCCCACCCACAUUUCUGACUGUGGCCCCCUGCAUCUCACACUGAAAGGGGAAAAUGGAGCCAUGUUCAAAGAGUGCAAUGGAGAGCGCUAUAGGACUGGCUGAUGCUCUGUAAUGUGAGAUGAUGUUGGCUAAUGUCAGCAUCCCAAGUAUCGUAUUCUCUCUUUCUGCUUUCUCUUUGCUUUCUUUUGCCAAUGUGUCAAAUAAUCAAGUUGAACUAUAUAUAUAAAAAUAUAUUUUAAUUGGCUGAUGUUAUUUGUCAAGUCAAUCUAAAACACUCUCUUGUUUUUUUGCACUUUCUUUUUAUGUUUUUGCCUUUAAAUGUUAUAGAGGGAUGACUGAUUUUGGACAACAUCUGCUAGCAGACGCCUUUUGGUAUUCUUCAAAUUUAACCCCCUACUCGUUUUCCCUGUCAAAUCUCCGCUCAAACACUUUGGUGAUUGUACUGCCUUUUCCCUCAAAGGUUGCGUUAACUGCAGAAGAAAUGUUGACAAAGUAGACAAGCCGAUAACGCAGCCACUGUGUAAAACAAGGUUUAUUCCUCAAUAUAUUAAUAUUUGCCUUUUAUGUAUCAUUAAUUGUACUGCUACUAUUACUGCUGUAAAUGUUCUGUCCGUCAUCAGACAUCUUUCAACGCUGUCAAAUUACAAUAUGUGUCACCAACACAGCAAACACCUGUCUUCUGUCAUGUCUGUUAUAGCUGUUCUCUCUAUCUGCUUGUAGCUCAGGUUGGCUAAGUACUUCAUAUUUUUAACGGAUUGUGCAUUACGGUGUAUAGAUGGUAAAGGUAAAAGGCAGGUGGAUGAAACUGAAAUGGAUGGUCUCGCUUUCCAUUUAAAGAAAAAUCCAACUUUCUGCCCUGGUAUAACUCUUUCUCCUUAUCGAAAAAAAAAAAAAAGAAUCACUGCGAUGCCAAUGAUGUUGUCAAGAAAACUGGGACGUCAAAUAAUUAAACUCUUGAAUAUAUCAA